AUGCCUAAAAGGAAAGCUCCUCCCAAACUCUCUGGUCUAUUAGGCUCAGAUGACGAGGACAUCAUGCAAGUCGAAGCGACAGAGACACAAGAAACUCACGAGCCUCCCGCCAAAAAACGGAGAGGAAGACCGCGUACCUCAAACGAGAAUGUGACCGAGACCAAAUCUACCAAGCCUGCUACUCGCACAAAAAAGCAGCAAGCAACUGUAGCUGCAGCUGAGCCAGAACCUGCUACAAACAAAAAGCCCGCCCGCCGAGGACGGCCCAGAGGAAACAGCAGUGUAGCCGAAGACACGGAAACAUCUGCGCAGGCAACCGAGGCGGAGGAUAUGGUACCAGAGAAGGAUGAUGCAGACAAACAGGAGAACGAAGACCCAUUCGUCUCAAGGAAUAUAAAGAAGCAGCUACCCAAGGCCCCAAAGGCUGCCCCAGCACGCGGUCGAGGACGACCUCGUGCGGUCAGCACACAGCCCCAAACAGAUGGUGAAUUUCAGUUUACCCCGAGCGGUUCGAGACACGUUAGUUUCAAGGAAACUCGGACAGAACAAACCGAGCUGAGCCCUCUUGCUCGUGCAACGAGUCUGGGAAGAAAGGAACCUGAAGUUGAAGAUUCUCAAUCGAACGAGCAACCCGCAGCGGAGCUCGUAGAUGAGACUAUAAUUCACGAGGAACCGGCAUAUAAUCGCAAAUCGAUGUCCCCCAUGAAGAGUGCUCGCUCUCGGCUAUUCAUGUUACGCACCUCUCAAGAUUCUUCUCCUCGAAAACGCAAGCUUGGGGGCACCGAAUCCGAGCAGGGCGGAGACCCAGAGCUGAGACGCAGGCUAGGUGAACUGACCAAGAAAUAUGAUGCCUUGGAGAGUAAAUUUCGCAAUCUACGGGAGAUUGGAAUUGUCGAGGCCAACACCAACAUGGAGAAAUUGCGAAAGCAAAAUGAGAUUGUUACCAAAGCAUCGAAUGAAUUGGUUUCUUCGCUCAGGGCCGAAAUGGAUGCCCAGCGAAAGCUAGGACUGCAAAGCCGUGGACUCCAAAAACAACUCAAAGACCGUGAUGAUGAAUUGGCUCGGCUCAAAUCGAGCGCUGAUGCAGCCCAAGAACAGCUUGCAUCUGCCCAGUCUGAAGUUAAAGCCUUACAGACCAAGCUCGCUGCGGCGCGGAACACAGCUGCCAGUCUCGAGGGGGCUUCAAAGGUCCCCGGCAGUGCCAUCAAGGGCGGCGCCUCCAACCGUGCUAAUGCAGCUGCUACCGCUGAAGCGGCGCAGGCUUCACAGCUGGCGCAAUUGAAAGAAGAUUUAUACAGCGACUUAACAGGAUUGAUCGUUCGUGAUGUUAAGAACAGAGAGUUAGAUUACCUUUACGAUUGUAUCCAGACUGGAAUCAACGGAACUCUUCACUUCCAUCUAGUCGUGCCAAAGGUCUCGACUGACUAUGACAAAACCGAGUUCCAAUACUUGCCUCACUUGGAUCCUAACCGCGAUCGUGACCUGAUCAACUUGUUGCCAGACUUCUUGGCCGUGGACAUCACCUUCGUCCGUGGACAGGCCGCCAAAUUUUAUACGCGCGUCAUUGAUGCCCUCACAAAGAGGCGAUCUCUUCCAGCGCAAUAG